AUGAGAUUGAUAGAAUUGUGUGUCUACUUUGGACCACCAGUCACCCCACCUUUUCAGAGGAAUGUGGAGUUUGAAGACGAGGGACUGCAGAACUGCUCUAUCGUCAUCAGAGGAGUGUCAAGACGAGACGAGUCCUGCUACAAGUGUCUGUUUAACGCCUAUCCAGAUGGACCUAUCAGUGGCAGGACCUGCCUCCAAGUUAAUGAGCUGUAUGGAUCCUCACUCGUCAUCACACAAACCAACAACAGUCACACCGCUCUGUCCUGUUCUGCUACUGGACGACCUGUUCCUAUAGUAACCUGGGACCACAUAAUGAUAGAACAUUCCACCACGGUCGAUGUCACCCACCCCAAUGAACUGUCACAACUACUGCAACAGUGUCCUGUCUACCUUACAAAGACACCAAGGUCAAUAUCAAAUCUCCAAUAUCUGGAUCAGUGGAAACUCAGUGAUUGUGAUAGUGCCAAGUCAUAG